UUUUUUUUUUCUUUUCCUUUUUCACCAUCACCCCCCAACCGCAUUCUCCGGCUUUCUUAAUCCCAUAAUCUUUCUUCGCUUCUUUUUAUUUUAUACCAGGAUAUGAAUUGCCAAAACCUUGUACAGACCUUAGUAGAGUCGUUUAAUGCAUUGGCCGAUGAAGUCCAAAACCUGAGCGACAGGCAAACUGUCCUGGAACACAAGCUUCGAUAUGCUCACGAGCAGUUCCAGUACCUAGCCGAUAAAUAUGCUCCCACGGCGCCUGAGAUUUCAGAGACGCUAUUAAACCUUCAAAUCCCCCCGGAACUGCAUAAUCCAUCCCUUGCAAACACCAGCUUUGUCCCCUUGCCUAGAAGGAAAACCUCGGAUUCAAAGCAUCAGAUUGCCGUAAUCAUCAGGGAAGGUAGACGAGUUGCCUCUUCCUUGACAGCUACUAGCAAGAGCAGUCGAUCUAGUAGAGACAGCCUUCCUCCCACCACAAUGACGACCCUCUCCACCAUCCUCGAGCAAGACUUCACUGUUCCGGGAAAGAAGAGCAAUUUGGAUUGUCCCUUCUCCCAGCGCUCCGGAGAGGAGAAGCAGAACGGUGAACCCAGCAAUCCGCCUGGCAAACCGAUGCAUGAUAUAGAAGAUCCCAUCUGCGCCACCAUGUCUGAUCAUCCAAGCUCGCAGCCUGCCGCCUCCAAGUGCCCAAUCCGUUACAUGGACCAGCACUCACCAGAAGAGAUUGCUCAUUACUUGGAGACUCACAAGCACGAGUUACCGAGGAGCCACGAAGUUUGUGUGCGCAGGUACCAGAAGAACGAGGAACACAUCAGGAAGCUAGAUGCCAAGUAUGGCAAUCUUGCUAGCAUGGUUGAGGGUCUUAGUCGGAUUCACCAGCCCAUGUUACCUGAGCGGGACACGCGACCUCAGAGCGAAGUUGAAAGAACCUCGGAUGAUCGUGUUGUGAACUGGGCUCAAACAGUCAGCGCAUCGGCUGCCGAUGAUCCGGAGCACACUCCUCUGCAACAUCACGAGGACGAUCUGGAUGAUCUAGACAGACAAAGUCGUUUCGAUCGACCACUUAAAGAGGUCCGAGUUGGUGAAUCUCCGAGCCGCCCCUGGGGGAUCUCAGUACCCAUCUUCGAUAGUCCACCGGGCGCUGAAGGGUUGGGCCGACCUGAGUCCCCCCCACCGGCGCCGGUUCAGAUUCCUUCAUCACUGCCCCCUCAAGUGACGCCGGCAAAGACGGGGAAGUGCCCUUUCGACCAUACGAAGUUGACGGAUAUGAUGAACGGCUCUCCUCCGAAACGCGAAGAUAAGAACUCCGUUAGGUUUGGAGAUAUCCGGUCGAGCAGCCAGACUUCUAUCCCAGCCCGCGGACCGCCAUUUACGGCCAGCGACCAACGUCAGCCUACAUUUAUCAACCUGGCUGAGCUGGACAGCCGCAAGCCGAACGAUAAGCCGCAGAUGCUGUUCACGGGUCCGGUCUUUAUCGGAUAUCCCAUCGAGGAUGCAAUUCGACUUAUGCAGAGCCUUCAAGGGCAGCAGUAGAUUUUUUUCUUUUUUGUAAGCGGCUGGAGCUUAUUUUUAAUGACAGGGGUCACUUUCGAAGCACUAGUUGGAGUUGAUCGUUAUUUGAUUUUUCUUUUCUAUUCACGGGGUUUUACGAUUAAGCUGGCUUAAGCAACGACGACUUUAUAACAACAUAGCAUGAAAGAAUGGGGUAUCGCUUCAGAAUAGCCGGAAGGGGUAUUAUUGGCAUGAUAACGUAAUGUAUGAGGUGUUGGUUUCUUUUCUUCUCCUUUCCAACUUUUAGUUUUUAUGAUAGCAUGCGUUAGGCGUUAGGAAACGUGGAAACCAGGUUCGGACGAUACCCUUGAAGAGCAGAAAAAUUGAGAAACUGGCUUGAUUUUAACUUUAGGUACCUAGCUUAGGUAGUUAACUAUAGCAGCAGCACAACGAUGAUAAUUCUUUCUUAAU